AUGUCCAAUUCACCUGACUCACCCUGUGACACGCCGUUAUCCCGGCCUCAGACGCCGUCCUCACUGCCCUUCGAAAAGGAAGACUCCCUGCCCUCCCUUCUGUUACAAGAGGUGUCCUGUUUUGCGUCUUCUCCCAGUCCCAGCCCAGCCUCUUCGCUGACCAAACAGGAGUUGGGGUCUCGGGUGAGGUCGGACGAGAGGGACGUCCAGGCCGCCGACUCCGACAGCGAGUCAUCCACCUUCGAGGAUGGCGUGAACGAUUCAACGCCCAGGACAGGGGGGGCGGGUACAGAUUCCUACGCUGCCAUUCUGGAGAAGCUCAGCAAGGCGGAGGACGUCUUGAAGAAGGCGGGGAAGGUGGUGCUGGAGGAGUCCUCGCGUAAAGAUCGUGUGCGGGAGGAGGACGGUGCGUUCAGUUUUGAAUGGGCGGAGCUCCGUCAAGCGCUCGAGACGUUCCAGCGGCGGUGUGAGGACCGCUCGCAAUACCUUCCUGUUAUGGAGGUUCGGCGUAUGCACGAGGACUUUAGAGAUACACAACAGUCCCUUUUAUCGUGCAUAAUUUCCUCAUUAGAUGCGUUGUUGGAUAUUGGCGAGGAGGGUAAGACAAGGCUGCCUGUGAAGCGAAGUGCGAUGCGGUCAGUAGUGGCGAACCUGGAGCGUCGUGUGGAGUGCGUGGAGCGAUCCCUGGAAUGUGUGGUAUGUAAACUCGAUGAAAUCGACGGUCUUGAGCGAGAGGUCGGUGAGUUCUUGCGGUUGCUCCUCGCGGAAAACGAGGAGUUGUGGCGGCUUCAGGAGAAGAGCGCAUUGACGGAGCAGCGACCCGUGCAUCCGGGGGACGUGGUGCCGACGGAGAAGUACCUUUAUUUGCGGUGGAAGACCGGUGUCCUCGCGGAGCGCCUGCGCAAGACUCAGCAACUCUUGGACAUGCAUCAAACCCUUGCAACACGCCUUGAGGACGAAACACGGGAGCUGCUAAGAGAAAAUAAUUCCCUGAUCGCGAAGCUCGACCGCGAGCAGCAGGUGGUUCAGGAGAGGACAGUGGCUCUGUCCAAGGCCAAUCAAUCCCUUCAGGACGCCGUCAGACAGAUCGAAAAUUUGCAGGCGGAGCUGCUCUCCGAGCGCCGUUCAAGGGAGCGAGCCGUGGAGCAGUUCAACGGGACCUACACUUCUAUGAAAGUAGAUCAUGAGCGGCGCCUUGACCAGCUUCGUCGUGCGUCCGAGGAGGCCGAGGCGGGGCUUCGGAAAGAUUUUCAAUCCCUCACCGACGAAGCGGAUUCCCGGAAUAACACGUUAAUGCUACGUGUCCGGGAGCUCGAGGACGAUCUUUCGCACGAGCGCUCGCAGAACGCAGGUCAACUGCGGGAGUUCGAGGCCGCGAGUCGGCGCGUUUGCCAACUCAGCGCGGAGCUCGAAGGUUUGAGGUCCGAGGAAAUCGCGCGGACGUGUCAGCAUCAGGCGGCGCAGACGACGUUCGAAAAGGAUCGGGAAAGCCUCCAAAAGGAGCUCGAUGGGCUGCACACGCAGUGUGCCGAGAUGGCGACCCAACUGCAGUCCGAGAAGCUCCUGGUGCCGGACCGGGAGCAGCUCCUGUUGGAGAACCUGCGGCUGCGCGAGCAGCGCCAAUGCGUGCAGGAGGAAAACGCCUCACUGCGCGAAGAACUGCGGGCCGCACUCGUGAAGCGGGAGGCCUUUGCGGAACUCUCCCGUGAGCUCGCGGGGCUUCGACCGCGGCUGCGGGAGUUCGCGAAGCUUCGGGAUGCGACCAAAACGGCCCGCGCCGAGGCCCGGAGCGCGGCCGAGGAGACAACGGCCUUGUGCAGGGCGAGGGAUGAGCUCGCGGCGAGAUUAAAUCGCCUUUUUGAGAGUGCGAAGGCCCCCACUCGGGUUGACGAGGCCUCCGACAACGCUACGAAACGCCGCCAUCACGUCUUCCGCCAUACAUCGCACGUGGCGGCGGGAAAGGGCACCGGAGAAGCGCCACAGGUGCGAUCAGAGCCGUCAUUACACCUCGCGGACUCAACCCGGGCGCUUUGGCCACGUGUAGGUGAUGAAACACCCCCGAGGGGACAUGACCGCCCUUAUGUCGAACGUAGCGCGUGA